UGUGAAAUGUCUGCGUGCAGUGGUCGUCCUCUUGGACUCCUUUCAGAGCUGCGUUGCCGAGAAAGACGACGGUCGGCUUGCCAUUUAAGACGCACGUUUUAUGUGGACUUUCAUAAAUAUUUUGAUGUGAUUGGAUUGAGGAUUGUUUUUUUUUCCAAAGGAAACAUUUUGAAAUAUUUAUUUCUUAAAUGACGAUGGAUUGUGUGUGGAUGCGUGGCGUCAGAAGCCGAUGGCGCACACUGUUUGCGAUUCUUUGUCUCUGUGAGCUGCGCUCGGCGAGUGGACAGGCUCGCUAUUCCAUACCGGAGGAGCAGGCGGAAGGCUCUUUUGUUGGAAAUAUUGCGAGAGAUUUGGGCUUGGACUUGGGCAGACUGGUGGCAGGUAAAGCUCGAAUCAUUACCAAAGGAGGCCGACAGUAUGUUGAUUUAAAGCGAGACAAAGGCACGCUUGUGGUUAAAGAGCGCAUCGACCGAGAGGAGCUUUGUGGAAAGACGACGCCCUGCAGUUUCAAUUUCGACAUCAUUUUAGAAAACCCAAUCCAGCUUUAUCGUGUAACAGUGGAGGUGGUCGACAUUAAUGACAACAGUCCCUCAUUCCCCCAGUCUGAAAUUAACAUUAAAAUCGCUGAGAAUGCGAUUGUGGGUACUCGUUUCUCUCUCGCGAAUGCAGCCGAUCCCGAUGUUGGUGUUCAUGACAUUCAGAAAUACACACUUAGACCAUCAAAUAAUUUCGAAUUGGAAAUACACAAUCAACCAGAUGGUGAGGUUUUUAUAGAAAUGAUUUUGCAGAAGCCUUUAGACCGAGAAAGAGAGGAGAGCCUCACACUCAUGUUGAUUGCUUCAGAUGGUGGUGAGCCACAUAGAUCAGGGACGGUGAGAAUUCACAUCUCUGUGCUGGAUGCAAAUGACAACGCGCCAGUGUGCACUCAAUCUGUUUAUAAGGUCGAUGUGCCCGAAAAUUCACCUGCAGGGACGGUGAUCACUUGCGUUAGUGCAAACGAUGCUGAUGCAGGAAUCAACGGUGACGUCAUUUACUCCACCCCUCAUGUGACCAAAGAGGAAGAGCAGCUUUUUCAUGUUAAUGUUAAAACAGGAGAGAUUAAACUGACUGGUGUACUAGAUUUUGAAAAGUCAAAAAACUUUCAAUUGAAAGUCCAAGCUAGUGAUCAUGGUGGUUAUUCAGACACAUGUAAAGUUAUUGUUAACAUACUUGAUGAGAAUGACAAUGUCCCCACCAUUGAAAUUAUGUCAUAUUCUCUGUCCAUACCCGAGAAUUCUUCCCCAGGGACAACCGUAGCUGUUUUUAACGUGAAUGAUGAAGACUCUGAGGGCAAUGGUGUUGUCAAGUGCUCCAUUAACAAUGACGUCCCUUUUAAAAUUGAGUCUUCUCUUACAGGUUACUACACCAUACUGACUGAAAACUUCUUAGACCGGGAAAAUGUCCCUGAAUAUAAUGUGACCAUAACAGUGUCUGACCAAGGCUCCCCACCUCUGUCGAGUAGUAAAAACAUCAAUGUUAAAAUAUCUGACGUGAAUGACAACCCGCCCAAAUUCCAUCUGUUGGAAUACAGUAAGACUGUGCCGGAGAACAACUCUCCUGGUUUUUCUGUGUUUACUGUCAGUGCUCGUGAUGCAGAUUGGGGCCAGAACGCUCGAGUGUCUUACUUCCUGGAGGAGAAAGAAGUCAAUGGAGUAGCUGUGUCUUCUUUUGUCUCAGUAAAUUCAGAAAAUGGUGUCAUCCACGCGGUCAAGUCAUUUGAUUAUGAACAAAUCAAAUCCUUCGACUUUAACGUUACUGCCCGAGACUCCGGAUCCCCUCCACUCAGUUCUGUGGCCACAGUUCACAUUCUGAUCCAGGACCAGAACGACAACGCCCCUCAGGUCCUGUACCCGGUACAGACGGGCGGCUCGCUGCUGGCCGAAAUGGUGCCGCGUUCAGCAGAUGUGGGCUAUCUGGUGACGAAAGUGGUGGCCGUGGACGUGGACUCUGGACAGAACGCCUGGCUCUCCUAUAAAGUGCACAAAGCCACCGACAGGGCGCUCUUUGAAGUGGGCCUCCACAACGGAGAAAUCCGAACUGUCCGCCAAGUGUGCAGGACCACCGAUUCCAGAAAAAGUGACAUGAAGAAUAUGCAAGCCAUGAGUCAAAGUUUAGUGAGUGUGGAUGGAGCUGAUGCUGACAUGCUGCAUAUGAACAAGGAGCUGUCAGGAAACUGCUCACAGAUGUCAACAUUG